AUGGAAAAAGGCGUGAAGUGGCCCUGAUCGCUGCUAUCAGCGGUCGAGCAAGUGGCUCGCAGCCCCAUGUCGGAGAAGAUGUGCAGCAGUAACAACGUAGUGCAGGCGCGGCGCGCUGUGGAGCAGCUGCGGGCAGAGGCCGGCAUGGAGAGGAUCAAGAUCUCCAUCGCAGCAGCACAGCUGGUGCAGUACUGUGAGGAACACGGCCGCAGCGACCCCCUCCUCACCGGCAUCGCGGCCUCAGCCAACCCUUUCAAGGACAAAAAAUCGUGUGUGCUGCUGUAGGCGUCGGCUGGCCCUCCCAGCACCGCCAGCAGGCGCUCACCACCCGCAACAGAGCUUCCACGCCAGAUUCAGCCGGGUCUUAUCGCCGGACCGAAGGCCGUGACAUGUACGCCGUGAGGGUGCGAGCACCAGGCGUCAGUGCCGGUCCCCAAAGCCCUCAGCAUAAAGGCAGCGGACAUCACAGGUACACCAUAAAC